AUGAAUAUCUCCAACGACUUAGAGUCGAACUCGAGUGAGGAGAUGGACAGUUGGAUCUCCCAGUAUUGUUCAAUCUUUGGCCACGACUACUUUGUGGAAGUCGCGCCUGAGUUCAUCGAAGACGAUUUCAACUUAACGGGGUUGAGCUCAGUUGUUCCGUUCUAUAGAGAGGCACUGGAUGUUAUUCUGGAUCUGGAACCCGAAGUCCCCAUCAAAGUCUCCAACGUUCCACUGGUGGAGCAUGCUGCCCAGCUACUAUAUGGAUUGAUUCAUGCAAGAUUCAUUCUCACCAAACAGGGAUACCAUCUCAUGGCAGAAAAAUACGAACAGAAAGUGUUCGGAACCUGUCCACGAUACUACUGCGAAGGAAUGCGACUCAUACCUAUUGGGCGCUAUGACCAGACGGGAAUCGAGACCGUGAGACUGUACUGUCCAUGCUGUAACGAUAUCUAUCUUCCGUCGUCGUCCCGCUACUUGAACAUCGACGGUGCAUUUUUCGGGACUUCCUUUGCUGGUCUUUUCAUCAAAAUGUUUCCCGAAAUCGAGAGGCAGUGUCAACAGCGGCUCAACAGGCAAUACGAACUCAAGUUGUUUGGAUUCCGCAUUAAUGAGAGAGCGGCCUCGGGACCUCGUAUGAAGUGGCUCAGGCAGGUUCCCAGAACUAAAGAGGAAAUAGAGGAGUUUGACAAAUGUGAGUUUGAGCUCCCUCAGGACGAUUACAGAGAAGACACAGAGCGCAACGAGCAUGACGGAAGUGAGAGCGUCAUGAGUAUAGCCCAGGAAGAAGAAGAGCAGUAGCACAAUAGAUUUAUAACCGGAAGGCUCAAUUUAUGAAAUGAAGAACGACAAAAUGCAAUGCCAAGCUGGCAAAUAUAUAGUCACCCAAUGCGCGUUCUGGAGUGAUUCCUUUGAACACGGUUUUGUUGGUAUCCAAAGUUUGUAACCUCAACGACACUGUAAGCACAAAUUGCGCCACGGUUGCAAUAAACCCUCCCAAAAAUGCGUUGAAGGGGAACGUUCCGACCAGCAGGCAGAAAAGAAACUGCCAGAUCCCGAGACACACCAAAAACACCAGGAAAGCGUCGAUCAAGCGUAACUUUUGGUUGUCCUUUGUUUCCGAAAUAUAACUAUUGAACGAGAUCUUCAUGGAAGUACCCAGCUCCUGAAAGAGCGAAAUUGCAUUCGCUGUAGGUUCUGCAGCAACAGAGCUGCCAUGUUUCUUUAUAACAGGCGCACUUUUUGACUUUGCGUCUUU